AUGGGACGAUCUCCUUCGCUUCUUUGUCGCAUCCUCAUGGCGGUUCCCUUGGUGGCGUCGCUGUCCACCGUGGUCCCUCCUUCAGUCUCCAAACCCACAACCACAACAACCAACAAGUGCAACAUCAUCCCAAAAAGUGACAACGAAGAAUCGCAGUUGGAAGCAUUUCACAAAUGGGCGGACGACAAUGGUAUCCAACGAAAAGUGCAAGUCCAUCAAGACACAACGGCGGGAGGCGGUCGCGGUCUGAUUGCCACAGAACGCAUCGAACCGGGGGAAGUGGCAGCCCGUGUACCCUUGUCGGCCGUGAUGCGAUUGGAGCAUGAUGUAAAACACAAUGUGGACGAUCAGUGGGCGGGAAUUUUGGCGUCCGGACUAUUGCAAGAAUCGCAACUUGGACAAUCAUCUCGCUGGGCUCCCUACUUGGCCACACUGCCCUCCGACGCGCCCUUGACACCGUGCCGAUGGAAUUCGGAACAACGACACAAUCUACAGAACCAAACAUUGUCCACGAUGAUUCUGGAAAACUCGGAAUGGCGCAAACGACAAUGUAAUCAACACUGCUGCAAUCGCGAGCAACAGCAUGCUGCCGUGGUGGAGUACAUGAAAUGGCUCGAUCUCGUGUGUUCCCGUACCCUCAAAGGCCGGGAUGGAUCGCGCCAGUUGGUGCCCUUGAUUGAUAUUGCCAAUCACGCUCCUUCCGAAGCAGGUGGCGGUCAUUUUGUCGUCGACCAGGAUGCGGUGUACUUGUUGGCGGGUAGUCGAGGGGUAGAUGCCGGACAAGCCGUGACGUUGGAUUAUGGAGCCCGCAACGUGGACGACUUUUUACUGCACUAUGGAUUCGUCCCCCAUCGCUGCAUCGGAGACAGUGUCACUGUCAUGGUCGGGGAGGAACCAGUCACUGUAGCGUGGCGGGAUUGUCAGGGAUACCGGGGGCAUGCACAAGAAGAGGUCCGAACAGCCUGUGCUACAAUGCUGGCCAGCUAUCCAACCACCUUGGAGGAGGAUGUGGUUCGACUCAACCAUGGCGAUGCGUCGAGUGAAGCCGAUCAAUGGGCGGUUGCCUAUCGCUACGCCAAAAAAUCCUUGUUGGCUAGUGCUGUGGGAGUACAGCAACGACAAUCGGCCUUUGCGGCACUGUGA